AUGAUGAUUCUACGGUUCUUCCAAGGCUUCUUUGGCUCGCCCAUUCUCUCCGCAGGAGGUGCUUCCUUGAGCGACAUAUCGGAUGUGUAUCAUCGCCCUUUUGCUCUUUAUACUUGGGCAGUCUUUUCUUUCGCUAGACCAUCUAUUGGCUCGAUUCUGGCAGGCUACACCAUUCCUCAUCUAGGAUGGAGAUGGAGUCUUUGGGAGAUCAUGAUUUUUGUAGGCCCAGCAGCAGUGCUCCAUCUAUUUCUCCCAGAAACUCCCGCCGAAACCAUUCUUUAUAGACGACCGAUUAGGAUCCGUCAUCUCAGUGCCGACAGUCGUUACCGAACUCGAUCCGAGAUUCAAACAAUCAACAUUACGUCCGGCGAUCGACUUUACCAAUUUUUGAUCAUGCCGUGGCGCAUCAAUGCUCUGAAUCCCUCCAUACUUUUCACGAGCAUCUAUACUGGGCUGCUUUACGCCAUCUUCAACUCCAUGUUCAAAUUCUUCCCCAUUGUGUACGGGCCGGUGUACGGCAUGAGUGGGGGUCAGACCGGUCUAGUAUUACUGUGCAACAUAAUCGCCAUUGUUCUUGCAGCCGUACCUUACUUCACAUACGUCUCGCUGGGGGUGAAUGCGCCGUCGAGAGCUGGAAAGAAACUGUCACCCGAGGAUCGCCUCCUCCCUGCUCUUGUCGCCUCAGUAUUUAUCCCCGCCGGCAUCUUUCUAUUCGGCUGGACAUCGCGCCCUGAUAUACAUUGGAUUGUGCCGACUAUCGGCAUCGUUUUCUCUACCGGCAGCUUCGCGGUUAUUCUACAGUGCAUCUUUGUCUACAUCGGCCUCUCCUACCCUCGCUAUGCCGCGUCCUUAUUUGCAGGUAAAAGCUUUGCUAAAGCUGUGGUCGCGUUUGGCGGAGUGUUGUGGGCUCACCCUCUCUAUGAAAGUUUGGGUCUGCAAAAAGGGAUGUCACUUCUUGGCGCCUUAUGCGCAGUUUGUGUAUCUGGGAUCUUUGUAUUAUAUGCCUUUGGAGAGCGCUUGCGGAAGAAGAGCAGAUUCGCUGUCUGA